UCACAUGCAUACAUAUCCGUAUUGAUCCGCACACCGCUGCAAGAUCGCAUCAUCUCACCUACACAUACCCACGCUCUCACACGUACGUAUACAUCCCCGCACACGACGGACCAACAAACUCUCGCGUGUGCUCACACGCACACUCGUGUAGACACUCGUACUCACGAGUCACGACACCUUCACUUCGCGCACACACGCCCAACACGCCCACUCAUUAACGCUCAGUGGAUCACCGGGUGCAUCAAGUUGGUAGUCGUCACAAACCCGACCAUAGAACGGCCAACCAACAACCGACAUGGAUGCAGGGACACACAGGUACGCAUUGGCAACACAGACGGACAGGCUGACAGACAGAAUCAGGGCUUCUCUAUGGUGUUGCGGGAAAAAGCCAGACGUUCCACCGUGAGUGACCCUCUCGGUCAGUACUACGUGUGUGUAAUUUCACUCAUACUAGGUCCACUGAGCAGGUCCGGACAGUACGUACGUCCACAUACGUGGCUGCAGCCAUCCAACUGGCUGCAUACGUCCACGUGCAGACCAACUGACGACGGACAGACAUCACAGACGGAGAGAGAGAGAGAGAGAGAGAGAGAGACGACUAGGGUAGCAAUAGGUGCGUAUGCCGUGUACCACUUGAACACACAUGGUACCCGGCCUCCAUGAAGUGAACCGUACGCUACGUACAUCCGGUGCCGACGACACUGCCGCAUGGCCGUAGCCAUCCACCCGAGCACCCAAAUGAAAAAAACAACACACUCAGAUGAAGCACCAUCAUGACCAUUCCUCCGUGCAGCAGCAAGGCAGGCGGUUGCCAUGCAGGGAGAGAGGGAGGGAGGGAAAGACGAUCGACUGCUGAUAGACAGGCAAGACACCCGAACAACACAUCAAAAGGCAAGAGCAAUACACUGCAGACGACAAGGCACAAGGGCACACACAGGUCAGGCGGACAGCCAAACCACUCAUCCCUUUAAGCUUAGGACAGACAGCCGCACGACAAGGACGAGACUGCAAGUAGACGGCCAUACAGGACGAAGGCAUCCGGGCGGAAAGGCAAACAAACCAUUCGUUCCCGUAAGCCUUCUCACUCACAAGACAGACAGACAGACAGACAGCCGCACACGACAAAGACACGACAAGAGCUGCAUUCACUGCACUACACCAACAGACACUCACACUCACUGCGCUGAGACGGGCACCCAGGCAGGGCAUAAAAAUCGCCAUCCAUCGUGAAGACUCUCACACUUGCUGUGCUCCCACCCACCAUGACAGUGAAACGGUAUCACACACCGAACGAAGCGCUCACGCCAGGCAUGAAACAUGGACCGUCCCACAUCCAUCCAAGUGUGACACGCAACAGAUAGAGACAGACAGACAGACAGACAGGGGGACUACCGUCACACAGCACUCCUGCGCAUGCACUUGCCCCGCACGAACCGCACCAGCACCCCUCCAAUGUUGGUGCCCGCCAACAGGAUGGCCGCGAGGGUGACGGGGGGAACCACAUCGGCCAGUCCGCCGAAACUGCUGCUCAGAAACACCGUCAGAAGCUGAUCGGCGAGCAACACAGGAUACCACCAGAUGCAGCCAUUCAGAGGGAGACGGGGAGGUGGGUGUCUUGUUUUGAUGGACGCACCUGGAAUAUGAGCAUGGGCACGUACCCCACCAGGGCCAGCAUCUCCAGGUCUAGAAAGGCCUCACUCUUGACGGCGAUUCCGAAGAAGGGCAGGUGCCGAAAAUGACUCCAACACCUGACAGACAGACAGAGGUGCACACACGUGUGAUAAUCCGCCCAACGGACUGAGUCAUCGAUCUGUGAGCAUACAUACAUGUGCAGGACACCGAUCGAGAAGAAGCUGCUGAAGAGGACAAACACCAGCCCCGCCCCAGUGCCGCCGAACUCAUGCUCAUCCCGUUCCUCUUCAAUGGUCGCCAAACGCACCACAGCAUGCUCGCUGCUCUGCUCCGACUUGGUCGUGUCAGUGGAACCCUCCUUCUUGAUGGCCAGCAGAUCCACCAGGACAGUGGCGGGGCAGGACUCUGACGGCCGAGGCAUCUUGCCGAUGUGCACAGGCAGAGUGGUCUCCACCACCUCAUCCGGCAGGUCCAUGUCGCCAUUGUGGGCAGCGUGGUGAUUGCCGAAGACGGCCUCGGACGAGAGGGCACUAAAGGCGAAUGACGGGCAGUACGACACCAGGGUAUCGUCGCUGAACGUGGCCGGCGGGUGCUGGUUCUGGUGGACUGCCUCAGGUGCAGCAUGAAGAACAGCCAAUGUGGCUGAUUUCUUGAGUGGUUGGGCGGGCUGGACGGCCGGCUGCUCUGCUUGCUCACACGUGGCGUCUGCGGGCUUGGCACUCUUAUCCUUGGGUGGCUCGCGCUUUUUUCUUCGGAAGGUGAGGGCAUACGACUCGUGGCGCGUCACCUAAGGCCCAUCCACACAAGCGAUAGCAACACCCCUGAUCAUGUAUGUCUUCAGACUCGGCCACUCACCCAUUUCAAGUUGUACAAGACGACAGUGAUCUCGUUGAAGAAAACCAUCGCCAGAAGAUGGGCGCAAGCGGCCCAGAAUAUGACGCCCCUGUAGUCGAUGCGGAACAGAUACCCCACAAACACAACUGAGACAGACAGACACACACACAGAGAGAGAGAGAGAGAGCAGCCGCCAUUCGCCAUUUGGCCAUCCAUCCGCUUUUCUUCAGUGCGCCAACUGACCAUGAGUGACUGUGCCGAGCCCGGCGACCACCGCCACGACCACUCGCCACACGACCGUGUUGGGGUACUGCUUCUUGCUACGCCGAGUGUAGGCGAACGCCGCGAAGACCAGACCACACACAGCCGCGAGAUACGCAAACACCCAGGGGCUCAGCUGUGUGUCAUUUGGAUACAUCAUACACAAGACGAUCGGUCUCGAGCGUCCUGCCUGCCUGCCUGCCUGCCUGCGGCCAUGGACCAUACCAUCGCAGGGCAGCUCUGUCCGUAGGGCAUCGACAGGCCGGGGAUCUUCAGGAGGAGCAGAGAGAGCGAUGAAUACUUAGCUCGAUAGUGAUCCAAAUUGCAUGCAUAGCCCUGAUCUGAGCGCACACACAGACAUACAGACAGACAUGGAUCGUCCGUCUGCUCGCCUUAUCUCGAUGAGUCUGUGCGUGUGUGUAUUCUACCGAUGAGUGUGGCUGGACACAGCCGGGGACCAGACACCACAAUGGGCUCCACCUGCAUCAGAAUGCGAGACGCGUUUCAUCUGUCCUUCCAUGCAUUCAGAACCAUGGUGUCCGUCCGCUUGCCUGGUCAAGUCGCCACUCGGUGACAUAUUUCCACAACAGGCACUUGUGCUUCGUCGACGAGAAAGCCUCGCACUCGGGCUCCUCAACACACUGCACUCACAUCCAUCCAUCCAUCCAUGCAGCAGUCUAUGAGCAGCCGCGUGCAUUCAUUCGUGCGCGUCUGUCCGCACCAGAUCUUGGCACUGAGAUGGCGCAUACGCCCUCCUGAGCACACACAUGGGCAACGGAACAGCAAGGCGCAAAGGAAUGGAGCUACUCGCUGCGGUCCAUCUAUCUAUGUGUGUAUAGCGCUUACACAUCGAGGUCCGUUAUCAGUGUGCUGCCGGGGGCCGGUUGGACACCCGCGUGAUAGCACCCACAGUUGGUAAGCGUGCCGGCCUCCUCGAGCUCAAGGGGCCGCACCGGGUAGUUGAGGGCCACGAGGAGAAAUGGUGGGAUGCCCAGGUCCCCCCGCUGGUAUGACCUCUCCUCCUUGGUGCCCUUCUUGCCUGCUGCGAGAGAGUCCGGACCGAGGGGCAGCCCGAAGUAGAGUGAAGGGUCGGCGGGCUGCAGGUGGACGCCGUCCUCAGUCAGAGGGGGCAGCGGUGGAGGGGGCCACGGCAUGCCCUGUGGGGGGCCGCAGUCACGCGACUCCACCUGCAUGGAUGGACAGGCAGACAGACAUAUGGGGGGUCGGCUGACACGCCAGGCAUGAAAUCGCUUCUCAUGCACUUACCCAGCCCAUGAUAGCCCCGGGUCUGCAUAUCUUGCGAUCCUUUUGGCCGCAGAAAUAGCAAACUCCUCUGACGAUUUUCUCGUCUCGAGGGUAUCGAUCCAGCCACAGAAACGCGCGGCAUCCCGGGAUUUCACGGCAAAGGUCAUGGCACUGCUCUGUCGUGACGUUCUCGACCCCCUGCCGAUGAUGGUGACGCGAGGUGGGAUAGAGGCACGCCAUCUGACACACACAUACACACGCGAUGACUGGCACUUUGACGCAUGGUCGUGUCAUCCUUUGUGUUUGUCCUCACGCACAUUGUACUCGUAGCAUGGUGACACGAGGGAGCCUGACAACCACACACACAGACGCAGCGAGUCCACGGACUCAUCCAUCUCUGGUUUUCUUGUGUGCGUGUGUGCUAGUGGCUGGCUGGCUGACCUUUGUCGCCGUCGGUUGAGAACUUGUCGCCAGAGACAUACCAGUUGACAUCGCCGCCCUCGCUCUCCUCCUCAGGCGCGUCACGUCGGCCCUGCACUUGGUCUCUGAAGAAACAGCCCUCCUUGCGGCUGAAGGUCCAUGCCUUGCACUGCUCGUACACCUGGCAACCUGGCACACACCAACCACAUGGACACCAUGACUGACCGACCGAUGCAGCGUCGUGUCGUGACUGCCCAUGUAUGUGGCUCAUUUCCAUGACUCAUUUCCAUGACUCCAUCCACAACCAUACCUCGCUGGCAGUCGCUGCCACACACAGCACAUCCGUUGUGUGCGUGGGUGGGUGUUGCCUUCUUGUGUCAUCUGUACGUGCUCACUAAGGUCGUUGGACAAUGUGGCCGAGCGCAUUGACAUCAAAUCCGACAGCAGGGGUCUCGCCGAUCUUGUCCUCGAGGCCUAUUGUAGUCACAUUGACGGGCUCUGAGAGGUCCUCUCCCUCAAACACAGUGUCCCUGAGGGAGACGCAGUCGAUCAAACCGAUCACACACCCAGGCAGGCAGUCGUGAGCGUCUGUGUGUUCCUUCCUCUCUUCAUCCACGCCGCGCAGGUGCAUGUGGACGUACCAUUCGUAGCAGGAGGCGUCUGGCGGUGGUGCAACUGUGACAGUCGAGCAGUCGCCAGAUCCGCUGCCUUCGCACACACGGUCUUGAUCUGUACGAGCAAACAAACACGCAGAUGAAUGGAUGCUUCCGAACCCACCCUGCGCCUGCCUGUGCCCACCCACCCCUUGUGGCUUACCAGCGUAUCCAUACAU